UGCGCAUUGGAAACCCAGCGCUGAUGCAAGACAUUUGAGCGUCGCUUGCUUGCUGGAGAAAUUGACCAGCGGAUACAAACUUUUCAGGAGCUAUAAAUAUACAGCAAACAUGUCAGGAGACGAGAUGAUUUUCGACCCCAACAUGAGUAAGAAAAAGAAGAAGAAGAAGAAGCCUUUCAUGCUGGAGGAGGAAGGAGGAGACGGGCAGGGGGAGGAGCCCCAGCAGGUGGAGGCCAAGGAGGUUGAGCCUGACGGUGGGGAUGACAGGGAGCUGGACCUGGACGAGGAUGACAGCAGGAAGAAAGAGCAAUCAGAUGACCUAGAUGAUCUGAACUUCUUCAAUCAGAAGAAGAAGAAAAAGAAGCCGAAGAAGGUGUUUGAAAACGACAUUGAGGAAGGGGUCAAGGAGUUGAAGAUUGAGGGUGAGCAGACAGAGGUUAUGGAGGAGGACGACUUGGACCUGAUGCUGCCGGCCAAGAAGAAGAAGCCUAAGAAGGUCGACUUCCAGGAGGAGGGAGAGGACCUGGAAAAAGACGACGCUCUGGAAGAUGAGGAGGGGAAGAACAACGAUGGCAUCUCCUUCAGCUCACAGACCGGGCCGGCAUGGGCGGGGACAGAGAGAGACUACACGUAUGACGAGCUGUUAAACCGGGUCUUCAACAUCAUGCGUGAGAAGAACCCAGACAUGGUCGCUGGGGAGAAGAGGAAAUUUGUGAUGAAGCCACCCCAGGUGGUUAGAGUGGGCACCAAGAAGACCUCCUUUGUCAACUUUACUGACAUCUGCAAACUGUUGCAUCGUCAGCCCAAACAUCUCCUCGCCUUUCUAUUGGCUGAGCUGGGAACAAGUGGCUCCAUAGAUGGAAAUAACCAACUUGUGAUCAAAGGAAGAUUUCAACAGAAACAGAUUGAAAAUGUCUUGAGAAGAUAUAUCAAGGAGUAUGUGACGUGCCACACCUGCCGGUCCCCAGACACCAUCCUCCAGAAGGACACGCGUCUCUACUUCCUGCAGUGUGAGACCUGCCACUCCCGCUGUUCUGUGGCCAGCAUCAAGACCGGCUUCCAGGCUGUCACCGGCAAGAGGGCCCAGCUCCGCGCCAAGGCCAACUAGAGGCCCCUUUAACUGGGCCUCCUACCUGCUUUCGCCCUUACCCCUGGGGCCUGGGGCAGGAUGAAGGCCCCCCCUUGAUAAUUGGACUGUCCUAUUAUUGGACAGUGAGGGUUUGGUAGUGCUGCGAUGUGCCCCCUCCCCCCCCUCCCCAUCCACCCAGUAUGUGAGAAGAAGAGUGUAAAGCUGUGUGCCUACUGGUUUAAAGGUUUCUGAGGCUGAAAGGAGCUGUUAAUGGAUGCAUCAGUCCCACAAACACCCCCACCACACCACCAUCGCUAACCUUUUUUUCCCCAGUUGCUGUGAUUUCCGGAGGAAAAAAGAAAAACUUCUUUUUACAAGUUAACCUUGACAUGAUAUAGCUUGAAACUUCCUCCCUAUUCUGUUUUUUCAUGGUGUGAAUGAAUGCAACCCACAUGUCUGACCAACGAUAUAAAAACACUUACACACACGUGACAAGAUGAUUAUGGUGUUGUGCAAAACGAUGAGUUAGCAUGUACCCAGAGUGCAGAGUAGUAGUACUUCUACUAUUACAGCCAACUGUACAUUGAAUACUAUGCCCUACAUCCUAAGUACUCAUUGAGAUUGUCCAGGUUUGAUCCCUGCAUGUGUACAGGUUGUUCUUAGAUCUUGGUGUGGUACAGUGUCUUGUUUAGCAGCCUCUGUUAUAUCUACCUCCUUAUUGCUGUACAGCAAAAGGGGGUCAAGUGCAACCUUCGCAGAAGAUUGUCAGGUUUGGGGAGUGCACAAGACAACAUAUGGGUAUUUGGUCUAGAGUGUGAGAGGACUGAACAUUUUACUGAUAACUGUAUUUUAUGGCAUUGACAGGAAUUUCCUUUUGAGUAAGCAUACUUCUCACCUUGCACCUCAUGUCAUACAAAGGUAUCAUUUAUUUCCAUUUCAGUUGUAGUAGACAAGAGUAUCAUCUGGCAAAUGGAGAUUAAGUCAUUUGUCCAAAUAAAACAUGAAGAAAGUCCCUUUCGAAAUGUUUUGAAACUGGUUUUUACACAAAUAAAAGAUUAGACUCUCACCGCUG